GCGUGCGUGCAGGGGUGCCCUUAGUUUCCCCAGCUCUUUGAUCUACUGUCAAUUGAAUGAUCAUUUGGCCCUGUGCACUUCUGGUUUACCGAAAAUGCUUUCAAGAUCAAAACGUUUCUUGGAUUGGAAAACAGGAAAGAACAUGAUGAAUGUGUAUAAUCAUUUGCCGUGCAGCUCAUUCUGCAAGAUCACUGGGACGCCCAAACUUGAUGACUCUCCCACCAUGACCGAGUCACCCGAGCUUCCUGGGUGGGUUAAAUUUUCCGGGGAAGAAAACCCACUAGUGGAAAACCCAGAAGGUGAUUUUCUGAUCCCUAAACUUCCUUACUGGGUUGAGAACUCCAAGCUUCAGGACCAAAUAAGUGACAUCAAAUCCAUAGUGAGUGAUAUUACAGAGAGCGAUGUUGAUAAAGUAAGUAAAAUUCUGAAGAACAGAUUUCAUUCCCCGGAUGAAGUUUUUGAAACUUUAAAUGGCUGCAGUGUUAGUUUAUCAAAGGGUUUGGUUGACCAAAUCUUGACGAGAUUCAGCAAUGACUGGAUUCCAGCUCUGGGUUUUUUCAACUGGGCGAAAUCACAGGUGGGUUUUGAAGCUUCGUCUGAUUUGUAUACAUCCAUGGUUGAUCUUUUGGGAAAAUGUAAGAGGUUUGAUGUCAUGUGGGAAUUGGUUGAGGAAAUAAGCCAUCUUGAAGGUUACGUUUUACUGCCCACAAUGACCAGGGUUAUGAGGAGGCUUGCAAAGGCUGGUAAAUACGAAGACGCAAUAGAUGCAUUUAGGAAAAUAGAGCAAUUUGGUGGGAGCAAGGAUGUAGAGACUUUGAAUGCAUUGAUGAAUGCAUUGGUGAAAGAGAACAGUGUUGAGCAUGCUCAAAAUGUGUACUUGGAGUUCAGGAAUUGCAUUCCUCCAAAUUCCCAUACUUUUAAUACAUUGAUACAUGGCUGGUGCAAAGCUAGGCAAAUGGAGAGAGCCUGGAGUGCCUUAAAAGAGAUGGAAGAACAUGGACUUAGGCCAGAUGCGGUUUCAUAUACUUGUUUCGUUGAAUCGUAUUGUCGCGAUAAGGAUUUUCGCAAAGUUGAUGAAAUUUUGGAGGUUAUGCAAGAAAAGGGAUGUGCUCCAAGUGCAGUGACUUACACCAUUGUAAUGCAUGCUCUGGGAAAAGCCAAGGAGAUUAAUGAGGCAUUGAAGGUGUAUGAGAAAAUGAAGCAGGGUAGUUGUGUUCCUGAUUCAUCAUUUUAUAGCUCAUUGAUUUUUGUGUUGACUAAAGCUGGCAGGCUCAAGGAUGCACAUGAAGUGUUUGAGGAUAUGCCAAAGCAGGGUGUUUAUCCUGAUGUCUUGACCUAUAAUACUUUGAUUACUGCUGCUUGUGAGCACUCCCAAGAGGAGAAUGCUCUGAAGUUUCUCCGGGAAAUGGAGAAGAGCGGCUGCAAGCCGGAUCUUAGAACGUAUGCACCCUUGUUGAAGAUGUGCUGCAGAAUGAAAAGAAUGAAGGUGCUUUCCUUCUUGUUGAACCACAUGUUUGAGAAUGAUGUUAGCCUUGAGCUUGGAAGCUAUACCCUUUUGGUUCGCGGGCUAUGCAAGGGUGGAGAACUCGAACAUGCUUGCUCUUUUUUCGAGAAGAUGGUGUCAAGAGGAUUUGUUCCCAUGGAUUGCACAUCCGAGAUGUUGACAAAAGAACUCGAGAAAAAGGGCAUGGGCAAGUUAAAGGUAAGGAUUGAUGAAUUGAUAUUACUAGCAAAAUCAUCAAGAAGAAUGUAACUCGCAACGAUGAAAGAUUGUUCUAGCCACGUUCAAAUUAUUUGGUUGAUGAAUUUAUCAUGUAGUCACCGAGCAAGACUCGGUCUAAGAUCGACUCAAUUAU